GCCUGCUGCCGGGCACCCCAGAGCCUGCGCCGUGCGCUCGGGAACUCGGCGGGGCCGCGGCUUCCAGAGUUGGCGCGCGGGACGGACUCCGAGGACCUGGCUUAGCGCAGCCACCGCGCCUCCCCUCACUCUGGUACCGAUGGACCUGACCUGCUAUUGCUGCGGAGAGGGCCUUCUGGAAGUGAGAAAUGACACACCCUGAUGACAAGAGAGACUCCAGUCCUUCAACAGACGGUGCCCUCCUGUGCUGCCCCUCUAGGACCCUUCCCCCAAGCCCAUCCCCUGACAACUCUGCACUCCUGUAAUUGUGCCUUUUCAAGAAUGUCAGAUGGACUCCUAUGGUCCAACAGGCGCUCCUCCAAGCGGAGCCUUGGAGGGCAAGGCCGGCACCAUUACCUCCAACGAGUGGAGCUCUCCUAACUCCCCUGAGGGGAGCAACGUCUCUGGGGGCAGUCAGGCAUUGGACAAGCCCAUUGACAAUGAUGCGGAGGGUGUUUGGAGCCCGGACAUUGAGCAGAGCUUCCAGGAGGCCCUGGCCAUCUACCCACCCUGUGGCCGGCGCAAGAUCAUUCUGUCGGAUGAGGGCAAGAUGUACGGUCGGAAUGAGCUGAUUGCUCGUUACAUCAAGCUCCGGACAGGGAAGACCCGCACCAGGAAGCAGGUCUCCAGCCACAUCCAGGUGCUGGCUCGUCGCAAAGCCCGUGAGAUCCAGGCCAAGCUAAAGGAUCAGGCAGCUAAGGACAAGGCCCUGCAGAGCAUGGCUGCUAUGUCGUCCGCCCAGAUCAUCUCCGCCACAGCCUUCCACAGUAAAAUGGCCCUCGCCCGGGGCCCUGGCUGCCCAGCAGUCUCAGGGUGUGAAACCUUUCUCUCAACAAACCUACACUGUCCAGCCUUCGCUGCCUCUGCCAGGUGGGUCUGCAGUGAACAGCUCCCUCGCCCGUCGCACCCCUGCAGCUCCCGCCUCCAGGUCCCAGGUGCCUGGCAGCUGGAAAGGGAACCCUUACUAGCAGAGGGAACCCUUCCUGGGAAGAGGCCCGGAGCAGGCGCAGGUCCAGCAGCUGGGCCAGCACAGGAGCUCACCCCCUUGCACUGCUCAGGGUUCGAGCCUCCUUCAGGAGCCGCCCCAUCGCCCUCAGCGCCCCCAGCACCCCCGUGGCAGGGCCGCAGCGUGGCCAGCUCCAAGCUCUGGAUGCUGGAGUUCUCUGCCUUCCUGGAGCAGCAGCAAGACCCUGACACGUACAACAAGCACCUGUUCGUACACAUUGGCCAGUCAAGCCCAAGCUACAGUGACCCCUACCUUGAAGCCGUGGACAUCCGCCAGAUCUAUGACAAGUUCCCAGAGAAAAAGGGUGGACUCAAGGAGCUCUUUGAACGGGGACCUUCUAAUGCCUUUUUUCUCGUGAAGUUCUGGGCAGACCUCAACACCAACAUGGAGGACGAAGGCAGCUCCUUCUACGGGGUCUCCAGCCAGUACGAGAGUCCCGAGAACAUGAUAAUCACCUGCUCCACCAAGGUCUGCUCGUUCGGCAAGCAGGUGGUAGAGAAAGUGGAGGUAGGAGUACCCUGUGCACUGUUAAACCAGACCUUUAAGCUGUUUCAGACAGAGUAUGCCCGCUACGAAAACGGCCACUACUCCUACCGCAUCCACCGGUCCCCGCUCUGUGAGUACAUGAUCAACUUCAUCCACAAGCUGAAGCACUUGCCCGAGAAGUACAUGAUGAACAGCGUGCUGGAGAACUUCACCAUCCUGCAGGUGGUCACCAACAGAGACACACAGGAGACUUUGCUGUGCAUUGCAUAUGUCUUCGAGGUGUCAGCCAGCGAGCAUGGGGCUCAACACCACAUCUACCGGCUGGUGAAAGAAUAAGAGACUUGGGGAGCAGGGACGGGGGAAGAGGUGUGUGUGUGUGUGUAGGGACAUGGGGUGGGGACCUGCGGGGACAGCCCCUUGAAGUGCCAAGAAAGCUUACCCUUCCUACCCAGGAACAAACUGUGCCUCAACCUGCAGUGCCCAACCCCAAAUAAACCCAAGAUGUGUAUUUUCAGAGGACCCCACCUGGCUGUAGGAGCCCUGGGAAGGACUGUGGGAGAAGGGGGGCAGUCUGGGAAGCGGGCCGGAAGCAGCCCCAGAGAUUCAUCAUGGGCAGUUCUGAAGCCAUUGCUCCAGUGGACUCGGCCAGGAAUGUCGCCAGACGCUGAAGGUCAAGCUGGAUGGUCCCUCUGCUGCCUGGAGCCCCUGCACUCUGCUGCUGGCCACGCUGGGAGGCCUGAGGAUAGGCGCGUGGCUCCCAUUCUGUGCGUGCUCAGGUGUGCACCCGGCUCCCUGAGCAUGCUGCAGCUGCUCCGCCCGGCACCUCUGCUGCCACUGCCGCGGGGCAGCUUACGGAGGCCCGUCCAACCCAGGCGUGGGUUUUAGGUGUGGAGGUGACUGAGUUGCUGGAAGGGGACACUGAGCCGUUUAUUUUUAUUCAUCUCUGGUGGUUGUGGAUCCCAUGGCCCUGCUGGCUUGUUGAGGGGACUGGCUCUAGAUCAGAGGAGCCCGAGAUGGAGGACAGGAGGGGCAGUGCUGGAGCAGGCUGCCGAGUUGUGCAGAGGCUGGCGUCUUGCAGCACCUUUUUGGUGGCGAAGGCCAAGAAAGUUGUUCAGAGGUUUGUGGUGACCCAGUGGUCUCUGAGACCAUCCAGUUCUGACUGGUGAGUCUUACCUCCCUCCCAGCCAAGAUGCCUGUUGGGUGGUGACCACCUCAGGGCCAGCCCAGGCAUCCACUCCCUCCCCAAACUGUAGUUUCUGUGCUCCUCGGGGCUGGAGAAGGGUGUGGAACCAACGCUGCAUCUAGAGGCAACCACCUGUUUAUUUCCUGCUAACAGGCCAGCUUUGGGUUUCAGCAGUCCUGGCUUCAUCCUAGUAUUCCUAGCUGCCCGACUUUGGGCAAAUGUCUCCACCUUUCUGAGCCUGUAAAGGGGGCAGGCAAUAGCACCCACAUUAGAAGGCCUUAGGGAGGAGGAGAGAGAAUGUCUACAAAGUGCCUGGUGCAAGAUGCUCUAAACCAGGGGUCCUCAAACUACGGCCACGGGCCACAUGCAAAUACAAAUAUUGUAUUUGUUCCCGUUUUGUUUUUUUACUUCAAAAUAAGAUACGUGCAGUGUGCAUAGGAAUUUGUUCAUAGUUUUUUUUUAAACUAUAGUCUGGCCCUCCAACGGUCUGAGGGGCAGUGAACUGGCCCCGUUUAAAAAGUUUGAAGACCCCUGCUCUAAACAAAUGUUAUGAUAAUUAGCUUAUCACUCACCUCCCUCAGGGAGGCUUAGGCCUUGCUCUUUGCUGCCAUCUAGUGGCUCCUUGGUAUUAUCCCCAUUGGGAACCACAAUCCCAGGUGCCUGGGAUUCAACUUGCCUACAGGUGUUUACUGUGCCCCACGCUCACUCGGGAAGAUAAUAUAUAUUAUUACACAAAUGAGGAAGACAGUGUCUAGGAGGGGUACAGAGUGGUGGUUAGGAGCAAGCGUCAGACCACUAGGAUUGGAAUCCUGGCGUUUAGCUAUUGCCUAGCCCUGUGACUUGGGAAAAAUUCCUUAAUUUCACUGUGCCUCAGUUUCCCCAACUGUAAAAUGGGUCUAAUAACAGUACCUACCUCAUUUAUGUAGAGAGCCUAGCAUAGUGUCAAGCACAUAAAUGUGUUUGAUACAUAUACUUUGUUAAUAGUAGGAGCUUUCGGUCAAAGGAGUCAGAUUGGAAAACUGGCUAAUCUGAUCCUCAGACUUUGCUGUGCAUUGCAUGUCUUUGAGGUGUCAGCCAGCGAGCAUGGGGCUCAACACCACAUCUACCGGCUGGUGAAAGAAUAAGAGACUUGGGGAUCGGAUGGGGAAGAGAUAUGUGUGUGUGAACUGUACUUCAGAGACGGGAGUGAGCAGGGUGUGGAUGAGUCAGGGAAGGGGCUCCGGUGGAGAGGGGCUGCCCCUUAACGGAUGGGCAGUGUUUGGAUACACAAGCAGGAGGAAGGCUGGCCCUCCUUCCAGGUGGGUUACCUAGUCUCCCGCUGUCCUCCACAGGCCAGAACCCCUCUCUUUAUUAAAAAGCUUUAACAAACACACGGACUACUGCUAGAUCUCAUACCAAGUUGCUUAACACUACUGUUCAUGGGGGCCGAGGCGGGGCGUGGGGUCCCCGAGUCCCUGGCUCGGACUGGCAUGUUCCCGCAUGUCUGUGAGGGUUUGUGUUUGUGUAAGGCUACCCGUCCCUCCCCCAGUCACCAGCACAGCCUUGCCCUUUCCCCUCUGCCCUUCCCUUUUCCUGGGGCUGUUUGGAUAAGGGAACUCAUGGUGCCCGCCCUGCUAGCUGACUGUGAACUUUCAGACAAAUGCUCACGAAGGAUGUAUGAGCAGCCUGUUGACCGUGGGACAGAUGCACAAGUGAAGGGGAUGAUCUUUUUGUGUUGUGAGUGGGAAGGAAUCUGCAGGUGUGUUGGCUGUGAGUUUUCCCUUUUCUUUAGGAACUAACCUCAGUAGCCUAAUGAAGAUUCAUCUACUUAUAACUAAAUCCCAAGCCAGUCAGCCGUGGGGAACACAGAUGAGCUGUAGAGCCUGUCCCACUGUUGUAGGACAGACUGUGACCCUUGGGGCAGACAGGAGACCCGACCUGGCCCCACCUCUCCUGCAGCCUCCCUGACAGCCCUGGGCUCUCUGAAUCACUCCUCCCAGCAUGGCUCUGCCUCUUGGCUGUGGCCCCACAUGUUCCCGGGCCUCUGCCUCCCCUGGUAAACAGUUACUCAUGCUUCAAGAGCCAGUCUGGAGUCACCUCCUCAUGCAGAAGGGUUUGCCGCUCCUCUUGUGUGACAAAGGCAUUCCAGUCCUGACCCGUUAGAGCACCUGUUACAUGUACCAGCAAACAGGGACUUCUGUCAUCUCUGCUAACCCUCACCCCAUAGAUACUGUGCUGUCCGUUUUGAAGGUGAGGAAGGGGGCACAGAAUGGGAACUAACUUUCUUGCAAUAUUCAUACAUUUAUUCACUCACUUAGCACAUAUUUAUUUAAAUUCUGCUCUGUGCCAGGCCCUGGGAAUGUGUUGGUGACCAAGACAGAUGAGGUCCUUGGGGCACUUACUAAAUUUUACUGAGGAAGAAAAAGUGAGCAAGGAAACAAGAUGUAAACUGUGAUACAUGCUGUGGAAGAAGGAGAGUGUCCUGAUGGUGGGACACUGGGGCGCCUCUCAAGCCGGGGAGGGCAAGGGCAGGACAGUGCCUGGUGUGUUCCAGGCCAGAGAGGAGGGUGUGUCGGGGGCACAGAGGGAGAGACGCAGGGGCUGAGGUGCGGAGGCUGCAGGGCUACAUCCUGCCCAGGCCAGCCGUCCAGAUGGGGAGGUGAUCCAGCUCUCUCCUCCGCAGGGCAACCCCCCUCACUCGAUUUUACUCCAUGGGAAGGGGGUCCUGGAAGUGUUUUAAGCAAAGGAGUCAGUCUUUUUUAUCUGAAUUUUAGAAAACAGCACUGGAGCCUCCUGGACUACCGAGAAGCACAUGCUUCUGAGUCUGUCUUUCCUCCUAGACUCAGCUUCUGUGGGUGGAGACUAUAGCCUUCCUGGUCUGUUACUUCCUGUAGACCACACACCACUUCUGGAGCCUUGCCGGGGCUUGAGUGACCGCACGUGUACAGGCAGUGGGAUCCAUGCCACUGGGGCCGGGAGGUGUGUAGGCUUCCUGAGGCCUCUGGGGUGGAGCCCUUGCCCUCCUGACACAAUCUAGAGCUAGCAGGCACUGUCAUGGAGAGGGGGGUGUGGAAACACUGCCUGUCUUGUGGGGUCUAAUGAUGACAGAGCAGCCUGUGACCCAGUGGCCACCAAUGAGCUUCCAUAGAGCAGGAUGAUCUAACGAGAGAGACACAUGCAGAAGGAGUUUAAGGUGCGUGUGCACAAGUGUGACGUGAGCGUGUGUGCGGACACAGGCUCUGCCCUUUCAGGACUAAAGCCAGGGGUGUGGGGAACAAGGGGCUUCCAUGGUGUGGCCUGGCCCAGGCCUCCUGCGUACUACGUAUAUCUGCUCCCUUCCCCUGACUGUAGGGUUCAGAGGACAGUGGGCAGGGUGGUGACAGGGCCAGCGGGAGGAGGGCUGACACCCCUUGUAAGCAGGGGUAUAAGACCUUAACCCUGGAGCCAGGCCGACCUGGGGCUGAAUUGCCUUCUUACAAGCUGUGUGACCUGGGGCUUGGGACCUAGUCCCAGUGAGCGCUGAGAAGGCUGAUAACUCAGGGCAGAUAUUUUCAGCCUUUUCUACCUUGAAGCAUCAUAAGUGGACUACUAAAAUUCUGCGGCACACCAAAAAUAUAUUUUUUGCUGAUAUGACAAAAAAAGAAUAGGUAUAAUUUUGAUUAAUUCAUACCGGAUGGCUAUUGUGUUGCCUGUUGUCAUUUUUUUAUUUGACAACCUAAAGGAAAAGAGGUCAGCGCUCCUGACUAAAUAGUCAGAUGUUGUAUGUUUUAAAAAUUAUUGCGGCACAUGGUUGAAAAUCACUGACUUGGGGGCAUAAAAAUUUCACCUGUACACACAUACACAUUUCACCUAACUGCUCUCCACACACACACACACACACACAUUUUUAGAGAACAGAACAAGCUCUAGGCAAAACAGGCGGGAGGAGGCCUCAAGGCUGAGAGAGCUGGCCCCAGGGCCCCAGUGGAGGGUGGUAAAAGGGAGGACAGAACAAAUGUUGGCUAAGUCACUCUGAGUAGGAAACUGUCUGGAAUUUGUUUGUUUACUUCCCGAGAAAGGAUGGGGGAAGGGUCAAGUGCCUUUGUAGGCGGCUGGAGACCAGUUGGUGGAAAUGGCUAAGGGUCUUUUUAAGCUCAAGGAUGUCUAAUAUUCAACCAAGUUUUUGUAUUUUUGCUAUGAAAACCCCCUUUGUCUCUCCACAUCUUCAGUAAAGUCUACCAUGUACACAAA